GCAGCUGCCGGCACUAAACUCAGGGCUCGAGGGUUGAUGAGCUUCUCUUGUGAACCGUUUACCUACGGCAAGGGAGUGGAGGGCGACCCUCUUCGGGCUGCGUGCUUGUGAUAGGAAAGCUGUAGGCCAGAAGGACCAUAGUAAAGGAAGUCUGGGGACCGGUAGCUCUGCCCUCAGGCGUCACUAACCCAAAGUCGCGUCUGGUCCCAGGCUGUGGAGAUGGGGGUGCCAGAGAAAUAGAUGAUGCCCAAGCUCUUGAAGAACCUAUAUCUAGAUGACAGGCAGUCCUCAUCCUCCUGGCCCCAAAUUUCUGCUGCUUCAGGGACAUCUGGAACUGGGGUCAGGGCUUGGGAGAAGUAACAGCUGGACAUGCUGCCCAUGCAUCUCUCAGAAAUCUCCCUUACAGACAAUAGGUGAAGAACAAACCCAGAAUCCCUACACUGAACUGCUUGUACUGAAAGCUCAUCAUGAUAUUGUACGGUUUCUGGUACAGUUAGAUGAAUACAGGUUUGCAUCUGCUGGUGAUGAUGGAAUUGUAGUUGUGUGGAAUGCCCAGACAGGAGAAAAACUUCUGGAACUUAAUGGGCACACUCAGAAGAUUACAGCCAUUAUUACAUUUCCUCCCUUGGAAGUUUGUGAAGAAAAGAAUCAACUGAUCUUGACAGCCUCUGCUGAUAGAACAGUUAUUGUAUGGGAUUGUGAUACUGGCAGACAAGUUCAGAAAGUAUCAUGCUUCCAGUCUACUGUAAAGUGCUUAAUUGUUCUUCAGAGACUAGAUAUUUGGCUCUCUGGUGGGAAUGACCUAUGUGUGUGGAACCGAAAAUUAGAUCUCCUAUGUAAGACCAGCCACCUUUCUGAUACAGGGAUCAGUGCUUUGAUUGAAAUACCUAAGAACUGUGUUGUGGCAGCAGUUGGCAAAGAACUGAUAAUUUUCAGGUUGGUAACACCAACAGGAGAAUCACUGGAAUGGGAUAUUCUUGAAAUUAAGCGCCUCCUUGAUCACCAGGAUAAUAUUCUCUCCUUGGUUAAUGUCAAUGAUUUGAGUUUUGUAACUGGCUCCCAUGUUGGAGAAAUGAUCAUCUGGAAUAUUCUGGACUGGACAGUGCAGGCCCGUGAAUGCAACUUCUGGGACCCAUCUCCACAGCUGGACACCCAACAAGAAAUAAAACUCUGUCAAAAACCUAAUGACAUUUCUAUUCAUCACUUCACAUGGGAUGAAGAGAAUGUAUUUGCUGCCGUUGGAAGGGGUUUAUAUGUGUAUAACCUUCAAAUGAAGCGUGUGAUUGCUUGCCAGAAAACUGCCCAUGACUCCAGUGUCCUGCACAUUGCCAAACUUCCAAACAGGCAGUUAAUCUCAUGCUCGGAAGAUGGCAGUGUACGCAUUUGGGAGUUAAGAGAAAAACAGCAGCUUGCAGCUGAACCUGUACCAACAGGUUUUUUUAACAUGUGGGGAUUUGGAAGAGUAAACAAACAAGCCAGCCAACCUGUUAAAAAGCAACAGGAAAAUGCCCCUCCGUGUUCAUUGGAGCUUAUUGGAGAUUUGAUUGGACACUCCUCAUCGGUGGAGAUGUUUCUGUACUUUGAAGAUCAUGGACUAGUGACUUGUUCUGCUGAUCAUCUCAUUAUUUUGUGGAAAAAUGGAGAAAGAGAAUCUGGAUUGCGCAGUUUAAAAUUAUUUCAAAAACUGGAGGAGAAUGGUGACUUACAUCUUGCUGUGUAGUGAAGGAAUUUGGAAUACUUGUGCAUGAACCUUGAACGUCAAAUAUAGGUUUCCAGUGUUCUGCAUUCCAAUUCAGUCUCUGUUUAUACCUCUGAAAAAUGCAGCAUGGAGUACAGAGGAUUUGAAAAGAAAAUGAAGCUAUUUUGUUGACGGAGUUUCUAAUAUUUACAAUACAUAGAGAACAGGUGGCCGGUAAAAGAGAAAGGAAAAUCUCAAGUCUGACUUUAUGGAGAUCACAGAAAGUUUUCAAAAGAGCUGUAUAAAAAUAUGCACUUGUGCUUUAGAAGCUCUUAGCAUACAAUUAAUAGCUUAAAAUAGUAUUUACUGCUUCCCCUUACAUCUGUUUUCUGAUAUAUUUACACACCUUGCAGUCUUUUCUGUUUUACAUCAUUAAAGCAAAAUGGCAAGGUCUCAAAUAUAGAUUAAAAACAUCUGAACCCUGAAACUUCCCCAUCCCUCCCCAAAUACAUUAUGUAUAGAUGGUACACUGCGUAACAUACUCCAUGGACUUGUACCCAGGAAAUUCAGAUUGCUUUAAUAAAAAUUUUAAACUGUGAA